AUGGUAUGGAUGCUAAUUCGCUUGGUGGGAGAUAACAUCGCUCGGCCGGCCAGUAUUCCACCCAAGUUUCAACACUUGCAGUUCCGCAAUGAAGACCUUCCCAUUGUUAAAAAUCCGUUGUCGAAAUUCGAAGAAAUCGAAUUUGGCGAAGAGAUUCAUGUGAAACACUCUUUUCUGGACCACUGGCAAACAUACUUGGAGCAUUUUGAAGAGACAAAAAACUACAAAAAUAAGGAACGGACCACGCUUGCGCAAACAGCAAUUGAAAUUUCAAAACUACUCCAUGAAUCGAAAUUUUUUGUAGCUUACACCUCUUUUACGACAACGUGGGCCGAGAGUAUUGAACAAAUGACCAGACUACUCGAUCGGACUUCAGUCGCGUUUAAAGAAAGCGCUAAAAAGUUCUUCAACAAAAAGUUUCCGAAUUCAACACUUAACUUCAAGGAAAAAACAGGAGGAACUCGAUCAGGAAUAGUGGUGACCGUCACUUGCGAUGGAAAGGACACAACUUACUUUAUGAAAACUUUUCACCAAGCCGGUACAUCAUGUUCCUACAGUUCAAUGAAGCGACAUCCACCCGAUCUCCGAGAAAUGUUCGCGUACCGACUCCUCCAAAUCAUCGGAGUUGGGCCUGUUGUAUUUUUCCCGUAUUACGAAGGAUCAACGACUAUUUUAACAGAGAAAGUGAAAGAAUUCACAGAGGUAGACAAGAUCGAGGAUGUCGCGCUUCAAAAAAAAGUUGUAGUCGAGAGUUAUCUCCUCUCCCUCAUCUUAGGCAUCCGAGACUUGAACAUUGGAAACAUCGGCUCUAACCAGCAGAAAGACCUUGCCAUCGUAGACUUCUGCGUAACAAAUGGUGUAAAUUUCGUAGAACGAAAAAUUGUCAAUAAUUUCCUGAACAAAAACAAUUUUGACGUGCCCGAUAUAUCACACGAAACUCUGGCGAAUAUUGGACAUGAAGAGAGAAGGAAAAUUGCAAAGGAUGCACUAGCGAAGUGGAGUCAAAUUAGUACAAUCACGAGCGAUAUUAUUAGUGACGAGAAACGAGAAUUACGAAAACAUGGUAUUGUGUUCGGAAACGCAACAGAUGACGUCGAGAGUUACAUCGAAGACAUAAAAUUAAAUUAUAAUUCGAUAUUUCUUGCGUCUCGUUAA